AUGACGUUAAUUGUUCCUGGAAUGAGGAGGGUAGCCUUGCAGGCUCCCUCCCGGUUCUUCGUCUGCAACCAAUGCCUCCGCCAGACCGUUGCGCCUCAACAACGAUUCGCAUCGCGCGUUCUAAAUGUCGUACGAUCUCGAGGUUUUGCAGAUGCGAAACCCGCGACACCGCUGGGAAGCAUGGCCGACCACGUUGCUUCGCGCUCUACAUCUACGCAGGCUCGCGAGCUUGCCAAAACAGCCUUUCCCAAGACGAAUCCCAAGAGUGUGGCGUAUUGGUUGAUUGGCAGUGCCGUCAGUGUAUUCGGCAUUGUUGUCUGGGGAGGGCUCACGAGGUUGACGGAAUCGGGUCUUAGCAUUACAGAAUGGCGCCCCGUCACCGGUUCACUACCGCCCAUGUCCCAAGAAGACUGGGAGUCCGAGUUCGAAAAAUACCGAGCUUCGCCGGAAUUCAAACUCCUCAACCCGCACAUGACCCUCGAUGAAUUCAAAAAGAUUUACUUUAUGGAAUGGGCACACCGCGUCUGGGGCCGCUUCAUUGGAUUAUCCUUCGUCUUGCCCACCGUGUAUCUCAUUGCCCGUCGAAGAGUCACUACCAAGAUGGCCUUCAACCUCCUCGGUAUAUCUGCGCUCAUCGGCUUCCAAGGUUUCAUCGGCUGGUGGAUGGUCAAGUCCGGCCUGAAAGACGACCUAUUCGCACCCGGCUCCCAUCCUCGCGUCUCUCAAUACCGUCUCACAGCGCAUCUCGCCACCGCAUUCGUCUGCUACUCGUGGAUGCUCCUCUCCGGCCUGGCCAUCCUCCGCACACACCGUCUUCUCGCUGAUCCCAAGGCCGCCAUGAGCGCUCUCCAAGCCCUCAAGAACCCGGCCCUCAAUGCAUUCCGCCGCUCCGUCUUUGCUGUCGCCGGCCUCACCUUUAUCACAAUCAUGUCUGGAGCGCUCGUUGCCGGCCUCGACGCAGGUCUCAUUUACAACGAGUUCCCGAAGAUGGGUCUGGGCCUAACACCACCGAAAGCCGAGCUCUGGGACAAAUUCUACUGCCGCAAAGAAGAUGGCUCGGAUCUCUGGUGGCGCAAUAUGCUCGAGAAUCCUAGCACCGUUCAAAUGGACCAUCGAAUCCUCGCUGUUUCGACAUUCUGCGCCAUCCUGGCUCUUUUCACCUACUCACGCACCGGCCGCGUCGCUGCUGCUUUGCCCAAAGAUGCGAAGAAGGGAGCAACGGGUUUGGUUCACCUGGUUUGCAUGCAGGUUGCGCUUGGUAUCUCCACCUUGAUCUACAUGGUGCCCAUUCCCUUGGCCGCAGCCCAUCAGGCUGGCAGCCUUGCCGUACUGACUGGCGCUCUUGUCUUGGCACAUCGGUUGAAAGUACCUAGGCCAACUUUACGAAUGAUUGAGCAACGACUGAAGCAGCUCAAGCAGUAG